AUGGAUGCCCUGUUCGAUUCAAUCAAUGCGCGAGAUCUCCUCUCCGCCGGCGACCUCACGGACCAAACAUGCCCGCUCUCCGCGCCGGAUUUACGCCUCCUCAUAACUCGUCUCGAGUCUCACUCGCUCCGGAUCAAACCCAAAGUUCAAUCCUACCUCAGCGCUCACCACGGCGAGUUCUCCUCUCUCUUCCAGCUCUGCAGCGACGCCGCGUCUUGGACCGUCGAAAUCGACCGGAAAGUUUCUGAUCUCUCGUCUCUCUUGUCGGACACUCCCAUGGACGUCGAAAUCAGGGCAAUUCUCGAAGAGCUGAGGCGGAAGCUAAGCGAGGCGAAGGUGAAGAAGGAAUCGCUUGAAUUGGUGAACGCAAUUGUGCAGAUUAGCGACAGGUUGAAAGGAGUGAAGGAACGAGUGAAGCUUGGCAGGCUGCUUAUGGCUGCCGAGGAAUUGAAGUGCUGA